AUGAGUUUAAUCGAAGCAAUGAAGGAAAUGAAGACUCAAGUCCAGAGCAUGGCCAACGAGAUUGCACGAAAUAAUCAGGCCACUAGUGAUUUAAGGGCUGAAUUCACAGAGAAAUUCAAGACAUUGCAAGCCACAAUUGCUUGUGACGUCCAUAAAAUUUAUGAUCCGAUUAAACGACAUGUAACGGGCUUGACAAAAAUCGUACAGGACAACGAGUCAAAAAGUGCUGUAACCGAGGUCAAUGUGGCGCAAAUGCAACUGGAUGUGAGCGCAAUCAGAGAAAGGGUUGAAAAUCUCGAACAGAAAGACAAAAUUCAAAGUCCCAAUACGGAGAGCACACGGAUCGUCCCAAAACCGAGCAAAGAAGUUUCUGACGACGAAUCCGAUGAUGAACAAGAAGAGGAAAGAAGAGAACGGAUUCGGACGAUGCUGCCGAUGGACAUGCAUCCGAAUAAAAUCAAAAUCAAACCUCCCACAUAUGAUGGAUCAGAGAAAAGGAGACCGAUGAAAUUCAUCAAGGAAUUUCGGAGGUAUUGUGAGGUCACCAAUCCGACCGUCACGGAGAUGAAAUAUUUGCUGGGGCAAUGCCUGGAGAAAGCGGCCAAGGAAUGGUGGGUACUCAUCGAGGACCGCGUUGAAGAUUUUGAUGAAGUAGAGAAGAAAUUCGUGGAGCGCUUCUGGAGUAUGGAUGUGCAGAGAAAAGUAAGAAAGGACCUCGAGUUCGGACACUACUCGGACAAGGACAGUAAAAUAUCCAAAGUGGAGUACACGAUUCAUAUCUUCGGGGCUGCAAAGGAUCUCAUUCCUCCUCCCAGUGAUGAAGAUAUAAUCGCAUCACUUUCGCAACACUACACGGAUGAAAUCCAGGCUACGAUAAUCAGCCGAGGAUUCAAAACUCUCGAACAAUUGAUUGAAUUCCUGGGGAAAAUGGAUCGGCAUGGACCAAUCAAUUCAAAAAAGGAAAAAGAAGCCACGCAGACAUCUCAAAAUCAAAAUAAAAACGAACAGAGACCGUUCCGUAUGCCACAGCAAAAUAAUUGGAAUAACCAAGGAGGCUAUCAAAAUAAUUUCAACCGUGGCAAUCAGAAUUGGAAUCAAAACAAUCGACCAAACAACGGUGGAUUUAGUAACGGUUGGAACAACGGCUGGAAUAAUCAACAGAACCGCAAUUACCAGCAAAACUACAAUCAGAGGCCCAACAACAAUUAUCAACAAAAUUACAACCAGCGGCAAAACAACGGAUAUCCUCAGCAAAAUCGCAAUAAUGGAAACAACAAUCAACAAAACGGAUAUAACCGACAAAAUCAGAAUCCAAAUUGGAGACCGCAACAGAACAAUGGAGGAUACAGGCCGCCGAAUAAUCCAAAUGACCAUCGUCAAACUAACGAACGACAACAACCAGAAAUUCAAGCAAUAGAGGUCCAUCAAGAACCACAACCCUCAACUUCGGCGGCGGGAAACGAAUAA